AUUGGAACCAAUUUGUCGUGUAAAUAUUGCGAGCGCACCCCUUCAAACUUAAAACCGCAAAAAAAAAUGUUUGUGUUCAUUCCAAUGUUUAUAUAAAAAACAACAAGCGGUAAACAGUUCCAGUGAAUUUUCAGCGGUAUUUUUAGUUUCAAUAGUCAAAUUAAACACUAUUUAAACUAUUAUGAGUUUCAUCGAUUGUUGCCGACUUUGUCUGAACGAUCAAGCACUGAGCGAAAUGCGCUUAAUAAAUGAGACUACUAUGAAUGAUCAACCUUUGCAACGUGAGAUUCAGGAAUGCUUCCAGAUUUCGAUAGAGGAUCAUGAAACAAUGAACAAAAUAUGUGGAAGCUGUUAUAAUGAUGUUCAGUUUUUGGUUACCUUCCGAAAGAAGGUUCAAGAGGCGGAUUUUGCGAUAAAAAACUAUUACUUGGAGAUGAACACCAAAUACGAAGUUGAAUAUUUAGUUGAGGAUCAGUAUUUACCAGUGACGAACAUAAACCAUGUCUCAACAGAAAAUUCCUCAUUUGCAUCGGAGUCAAAUAACAAACCUACCAAUAGCAACGAUGAUGAUAAAGAUAGCACAUGCUUGAAUAAGAGUGCUGUAAUAAAAGACAGUGAUCAUUUAAAAAAAUAUGAAUUUGUGGAAAUAGAAGCAAAUCUCGUUGGGGAAAUUGUUCAUAAUGAUUAUGAAUCUACAAAAGAUAAAUGCAAUCAGGAAACCCGAUCUAAGCCUCCUAAAGAACAUACAAAACGCAUGUCCGUCGUUGAGAGGUUCACUUGUUACAUAUGUAGUACGGAUUUUGAUAAUUUUGAAGGUUUAGAUGAACAUCUCCCUGCACACGUUGGAUCGGUCACACCCAUUUGCCAUCUAUGCAAUUUAGAAGUAACCACGGUACGUCAUUUGAAUAUGCAUCUCCAGCGUGUCCAUCACAGGAAAGGUAAGCGAAUACCUUGUCUCGAAUGCCAGAAUGUCAACAUCACACGAGAAUUUUCAUCGAACUACAAAUUACAAGCUCACAUUAAAAGAGUACAUCAAGGAAUUGUUGAGAUUGCUGAGCGAAAAUAUGUCUGCACAUAUUGUGGGAAAAAGUUCAGCAGAGGUACUCACUUAAGGUUGCAUGAAAACAUACACACGAAAUCCACUAUUUUCAAGUGUAAACACUGUACAACUUUCACGACUACUUCAAGGUCUGGAUUAUUGCGACACGAACGGAUUCACACAUCCGAAAAACCGUUCAAAUGUAAUAUGUGCGAUGCAUCAUUUGCACAAUCGAAUGGUUUACAGGCACACAAGGUGAACCGUCACAAUGAUGACCGCCCGUUUGUUUGUGAACUUUGUGGAGAUAAUGUGCGCUUCAAGUCUAAGUAUACAAUGCGAAUACAUAUGAGAAUACACGAGAAUAACGAUUCAGGUCGUACGCGCAAGAUGAAAAAUGGUGAAAUAGAUAAGCCGGAUUUGGAACGAGAGUUGAAGUGCAAAUUUUGUCCCGCGGUGUACUAUAAAGAAAGAUUUCUCUGUCGGCAUAUAAUAGACAAACAUCCAACAGAAAAUAUUUCGAUGAUUCCUUGCGAAAUUUGCAAUAAUCAGAAAAAGGCGGUGUUUUUUCUAUCUCAAAAGGAAAAAGAUCUACAUAUGAGUUAUCAUACAAAACUGAAAACAUCCAUCUCACAAAAAACUAGAGCCUGCAAGGAUUGCGGAGAAUGUUUUCCAAGUGUUGUUUUGCUGGCUAGACAUCGGCAGUCACAUUUUACUAAUAAAUGCAACAAGUGUGGCAAAGAAUACAAAAAGCGCGCGGCCUUACGGUUGCACUAUUUAACGGUGCAUUAUGAGUCUCGGCCUUUCAAAUGUGAUAAGUGUGAUGCUUCGUAUGGUCAGUUAACCCAGCUGAUCGCUCACAUGAGAAACCAUAGUUAGAAAUACAUGAAAUGAUAUGAAUGGGGAUGUAUUUGUCAUUAAUGAA